AUGCUUCCCUUUCUCCUUGCCGCCAUUCUCCUUCCUAGCGCGAAUGCACAGGGCACGGACGCUGUAUGUCUGACUGGGUUCGCUUGGAUGGACAACUCGCUCGGCCAGAGCCCAUGCCUCAUGACCUCGUAUCUCUACACCCCUUGUUACGGCAACACUGGCUCGAACAUCACUGCCCUCCAUUCUGGUUUCGUCUAUACCGGCGCGACGAGUCCCGCGACGGGCACGGACUGCGUCUGCAGCACUGUCACCUUCUCCGUUCUUGCUGCGUGCGCCGCGUGUCAAGGGUUUGGCCUGGCGAUCGACCCGUGGCCGAAGUACUCGAACUUCUGCACCAACUCGUUCAUCGAGAAGUACCCCUUCGACAUUCCAACAGGAACCGCGAUUCCAGCAUGGGCGUUCAUGGACAUUCCAAAUACCGCGAAUGGCACGCUGGAUCUGGCUCUCGCGGAGAAGGAGGCAAGCUCAAACCUUCCCGAAAGCACUCCUCCUGCGUCGUCCUCGACCACAGCAAGCUCGUCUAGUACUACCUCCACGAAUCCUUCCACCACGACCCAGGGUGAUACUUCCACCACUCGUGGUGGGGGACCAUCAAGUUCCAGCCCCUCCAGCGCCGGCUCCACGCAAACACAAGGCACCAACGGCGAUCCGAACGCGAACUCACCCCCAAAGAGCAGCAACGCGGGUCCGAUCGCGGGCGGAGUGGUCGGCGGUCUCGCCGUUCUCGGCCUUGCGGGUGGAGCGGUGUUCUACUUCCUUCGCAAGCGGCAGCAGCCCGCGUACGGGGCCGGGACGUGGUCGGGGCCGGAUGACCAGAUGGGCCAGCGGUAUGGGACGGAGCCGGCGGUGCCUGUGACCCCGAACCCUUUCGCUGGGGGCGCGGUGGUCGAGUCGCAGCCCAUGCUUUACGACCCGAACGACCCACGGACAUUCCCCAACACAUCCGGACAGCCCUCGGACGAGUCUUCUUACGGCCAGCCACACGCCGGGCCACUCUCUGCGAAUCACGGAUACACCGGUUCUGGUCACCAGCCCUCGUUCUAUGCGGCGAGCAUGGGUGGCGCCCCUGCUUCCGCCUCUCAAGCGCCGACCUCCACGACGUUCCCAUCCACGACUGGAUACACAGGCCGCCCGGAGAUAUGA